UAGUGUUCCCACUGUUCUGUGACUCUACUUCUCUAUCCGGCUGCGAUCGUUAGUUUUCGUCACGAAGCGGACGAGGGAGUGUAGCCUAGUCAUACGGGCAAGUAGGUGGAGAAAAUAAAAUAAUCUAGGAUAUUUACGAUAAGCGACAGCCAACACCGUGAGAAAGUGAAAGUGGCACCAGUUGGCAGUCCCAAAGACCGUCGUUUGAUCUGCUUUUCAUAGCUGUCAACUGUUAUUGAGUGAGGUCUCCUCCUAGUUGGUGACGGAUACAGUAGGCGACACGGGGAGACCAGCUUGUAUUGCCCUCGCCAGAUUUCGUAAGAUUAGAUUUCAAAAUAUUUGACGAGUGGUGUGGAGGCCAAGAUGUCAUCGAAGAUGCCAAGCUCUAACAACGUAACUCAGGCCAGAAGGACAGUACAACAGCUAAAGAUAGAGGCCAGUAUUGAGAGGAUAAAGGUAUCCAAGGCCUCAGCGGACCUCAUGCACUACUGCGGCGAACAUGCCAAGUACGACCCUCUGCUCAUGGGCAUUCCUGCCUCAGAGAACCCCUUCAAGGACAAAAAGCCUUGCGCUAUAUUGUAAUGACCCCUU